AUUGAAACAUGACAACUCAACAAAUUGGACUUGAUCAUUUACAGCGGAUGUGGUCUUUCAAAGCAGAUUGUUCAUUGUAUUUCGAUAGAUCUUUUUUGCAGUGGAAUGAAAUUAAUUUUUAGUUCAAACAAAAAUAAAAUUGAUUAGAAUGUUUCGCGUGUGUCUUAUCAUUUUUGGGAUAGAAAAAGUUCAUACGCAAAUGAUGUGAUCAGUGAUCGAACAGAAGUAAAAUUUCUUAUCACUUUUUCUAUGUAAAUGUUUUAAACUUUUCGAAACGUUUGACCGCAAUUUGUACGAGCAAAGAGGCAAAUCAUUCGCAUGAAAUGUUAGUUUCAUCAGCCUAUUGUGAUACCGUGUACAAAUCGUACAAAAAACCAGAAUUUUACAGUAUUUCACGUUAUGAAACAUUGAAAAAACCGUGUGCUCUGUUGCCGGACAAAAUUCCCGGUUUCAAUUUCAUAAGUUCAAUAGCUCGAUCAUUUCGGUACCUUAGAGUGCAUCGCUUUCGACAUCCAAGCUCAUUGCGUGGCGUUUACAAUCCACUUUCAUUCGCGAAUAAUGUUUCAUCAAUUGAUUUGUCGGAUUCAUCAACCAAUAACUCAACACCAUCAUCAACACAAACGGUACCAGAUUCGGCCGAACGCAGUUCAGAUGGCAUUUAUGUGCAAAGGGAUAAUGCACAAUCGACACAGGACAGUUGCAAUCAUACAGAAUUUCAAUAUCAACAGGGUUAUUAUCCAAGCUAUGAAUCUGCAGCUCCAAACAUUGAUGGCGUCACUGCAUCUUAUAAAAUUUCAUCUGAAAAUGUCAACAUUCAUUCAUCAAGACCUGAAAAUAUACGUUCAAUUGCAUC